UUAAACUAUUUCAGACCACUGUUGAAGAAAAUGUUACACACAUUUGUUUUUUGCUGUUUCUGCUGUUUCCCUCUAGUUGGUGUGUUUGGUGAUUCAGAUGCACUGAAGUCAGUGAUGGAAGGAGAUUCAGUCACUUUAGACAUUAUUGUUACUGAAAUACAGGACAUGAAUAGGAUCAUAUGGAAGUUUGGAACUAACGAGUCAACCAUAGCUAAAAUAAAUAAAGGGUCCAGUAAGAUAUAUGAUGAUGUUCUUGAUGGGAGAUUCAGAGACAGACUGAAACUGGACAAUCAAACUGGAUCUCUGACCAUCACACACAUCAGAGACACACACUCUGGAGUUUACGAAGUGAUCAUCAGCAAAAGCAGCAGAAGCAACACAACCACACACAGUUUCAACGUUACUGUCUAUGCUCACCUGGCUGUUCCUGUCAUCAGUAGAGACUGUUCUUCAUCGUCAUCAUCAUCAUGUUCAUUGGUGUGUUCAUCAGUGGUGAAUGUGAGUCAUGUGACUCUCUCCUGGUACGCAGGAAUGAGUGUAUUGUCCAGCAUCAGUGUGUGUGAUCUCAGCAUCAGUCUCUCUCUACCUCUGGAGGUGGAAUAUCAGGAUAAAAACACCUACAGCUGUGUGCUGAACAAUCCCAUCAGCAACCAGACCACACAUCUGGACAUCAACACACUCUGUCACACGUGUGCAGAAGUCCACGUCCAUUGUUGUGACUCAGUUGAAGCUGUGCUGCGAUUGGUCGUCACUGCGCUGAUAGGCGUGGCUGCUACGGUUGCUGUUGUUCUUCUGGUCAAUGACGUCAGAUCUACAAGAAGUUAAAUGGAGAAAACAGAACAGAUAUCAUAAAU